AUGGCCAUGUAUCUUAUGUUCUACCCUGUUCAAGCAUUUUUUGCAGUUGUUUUCUACGGACCUGCCGGGUUUGUUAGUACAUGGUUUACCGUUCUUCAACAAUCAGGGUUGGUUUCAACGUUCCUAGUGACUUUCUUGUUAAUGCCAGAGAUCCAAAAAGUUGCCUUUGAUGCUGUUUUAUGUAAAGAGUGUGCAGAUGAUGUUGUUUUGAUUGGCAAGUUACGUAGAGUAGCCAACGUACCAUUUUUGGUCCGAUGGGGUAGAAUGAUCUGGGCGUUACCUAAUAUGCUAAUAUUACCAUUUACUUUUAUUAGAGCCAUCAUAAUGUUUCUAAUUAACUCAAUUCCUGUAAUUGGACCUAUUUUGGUAGUUGUGAUUCAGGCCCCAACGAACGGACUUCGGGCACAUGCUAGGUACUUCACGCUAAAAGGCUACGAUAAGAAACAAAUUAAGCAGAUCUAUAAAAAGAAUAGAGGUCAAUAUUUGGGAUAUGGUAUUGUAGCCAAUUUCCUUGAAACUAUUCCUCUUUUCAGCGUGCUCUUUAUGUUUACCAACACAAUUGGAGCUGCAUUGUGGGUGAUUGACAUCGAACAAAAUCUAAAGCAGUUAUCGCAAGACAAGAUCACAGACGCACCAGAGGAAUUGGAUAUAGACGCAUACCCUAUAGAAGAUAUCGGUGAAAAAGAAGCAACAGAAGAUACUCAAAAUGAGUACACUACAGAGCUAAAACAUAUCUCUAGUCACGUACCUAGUAAUGAAGUUAAAUAA